CGCGCGGAUCACGCUCAAGCUGCUCGCCUGUACGUAGCGCACCGCGCAACACUCGAUGGCCCGACUCGCGCGGCGAUGACGAUGAAGUCGAGCGUUGUUUUUGCGACGCAAAACGUGCUGCUGCAGCGUUGUUCGUCUCGCUAACGGUACGCCGCGAAACAGUCGGAGUGUGUGUCCGUGCAUCAUCCACGCAGACGAAACUGUUUGCCAAAAAGGUGCGCAACGUGCGACAUGUGACGCGGCCGCGUUUGCAUUUCCGUCUCGCCGCAACGCAAGAAGUCGCCCAAGUGACCAAACACAUUUUGUGCAGUGAUUUUAAUUUCGGUCAGAUAACGCCCGGAGCUGGAUGCGUGCUUGAAAGUGUUGUAGUGCGAACAGACAAGAAGUAAAAGGAGUCUGUGUUUACAGUGUGUGUUUACGCUUGAUUUCAAGAAAAAUCUGUGCCGGCGUGUGAGUGUGAGAGUGGUGAGCGUCCGCGACGCGUGCUAGGUGCAUCGCGCGGCCAGCAAGAAGAAGUGAUCCGCGCCGCGCUCGCCAUCUCGUCUGCAUCGCGCUCGGCGCACGAAUCAACAACUGGUUUCUACCGCGCUUCUUCGGCCACACACUGCACGCGCGAUACAGUACUUCUUCGCUUUGCUACACACACAGCGACUGUAGUUGGAUUACCAGAUAUAAAUAUAAACAAUUGCCAAGCGAUUGUCAACUAAUGCCAAUGGUGUAUGAUUUGAUGACCUAAACAAUAAGCAGGUGAUUGAAGAUCAAAGACAUUGCCGUUCUUCCCGCGGUACAAAGUCCGACUGCAUUAUUAUUAAUAGAAACAAAUACAAAAAUGAUGCAAUCGUCGACCUCGGCCGCGCCUGAACGCGAAGCUUUGAAGAAUGUCAUCGCGCAAUGGAACGCCAAUCGUUUGGACAUUUUCGAACUAUCCGAGCCCAACGAGGAAUUGGAGUUUCACGGUGUGAUGCGUUUCUACUUCCAAGACUCCGGCCAGAAGGUGGCAACGAAGUGUAUACGUGUGGCGUCCGAUGCCACUGUGGAGGAUGUCAUCGGCACACUCAUUGAAAAAUUCCGUCCUGACAUGCGAAUGCUUUCUGUCCCGUCCUAUGCACUUUUUGAGUUGCACGAAAAUUGCCCCGAGCGUAAAAUGUCUCCGGACGAAAAACCGCUGCUGGUGCAAUUGAAUUGGCAUAUUGACGACCGCGAAGGCAGAUUCUUACUCAAGAAUGUUGAUGACAAAACGUCCAGCGCAGUUGGUUUAUCCGAGAGCAAUUCGAGUUUUCGACGCAAACUUUCCAAACGCGAAAAAAAGCAGCUGAAGAAACAAGAGAAACAAAACCGACUCAAGAAGGAAAACACUGAGAACGAUGACGGCGUUGCCGAAAAACUUUAUACGGAGCUUCCAGAGACGUCGUUCACGCGUUCGAUCAGCAACCCUGAGGCCGUUAUGAGACGACGGCGGCAACAAAAACUCGAAAAGAAGUUGCAAAUGUUCCGUUCAAAAGACGGAGGCCCCGAUACAGGAGGUACUCUGAAAAUUUACGGCGAAGCUUUAUGCAAAGACGUGCCUUACAAAACACUCCUACUCUCGGUGCGCGAUUGUGCAGGCGCUGUAGUCCGGGAAAUGCUUGACAAAUAUGGCCUUAAUCAUUACGAUCCGUCUGUAUGGUGCCUUGUCCAAGUGACGCAACAACCUGGUGUCGCAGACACUGAAUAUGUUUUAGACGAGGAUGAAUGUCCACUGUCUAUUCUGAUGAAUUCAUCAAGUUCAAGUUCAAUUAUGUUUCACGUCCGGCGCAGGCCGGCGGAUUGCGCGCCUCGAAAGCGGAAGAAAAAGCCAGGAUCUCUCUCAAAUAACAUCAACAUUAGGGAACAGCGCAUCGACACGGUACCUCUGCUGGUGGAGUUGGGACCAGAUGGCUCGCCGCCGCAUCCGGGCGACUCUUCGAAGACUCUUCGUCUUGUUAACGAAGUUAUGGAGGUCGGGUCCGCAAACGGAAUAGCGCUACAACUAUACGGGCCGCAUAUUCAACCGCGACACUGCGUAAUCACAAACAGUGAUAGCGUAACUUCUCUAACUCCGUGCCACACCGAUGCGAUCAUCUACGUAAAUGGGCAGCGCAUUUAUCAAACUACAAUUCUCAAUCAUGGCAGUUUAAUAAAGUUUGGUAACAGUAACACAUACAGAUUUUUGGAUCCUAGCCAGGAGGACUUUUCGCGAGGACCUUCGAUGAGUGACCUGCAUAGGGCUAGCACGUACGAUCGCUCCCCGUCCCAUGCACUUAGCCAGAACAACGAAAAUCGCGAAAACUUCGAAACCAACUUCGAUCUUGAGGGUAACGUCGAAACCAUCUCAACGACGAGCGGCAACCGUGACGACAGCACCAGCCGCCAUUAUGAGAACAAAGACACAAGCUCCACCAUGGGUUAUCCACGUGGCAGCGAUCCUAUACUUCCUGCCGUGUUGGAAUUUCCCGAAGAACCACAGGACCAAUUCCUCGCACGUGUGAUCACUCACCUGGACGUGCAUAUGCCAACGUUCAAGCUCGCUCCGGCGUAUACGCUCUAUCUUUGCGCACGCUAUCGGGCCUCAACUCAUUAUCGGCCGGAAUUAACGCCGAAUGAGCGCGCGCACAAGCUUACUCAGCUGCUACAUCACGCGGCGGUGUUGGUGCGUCAUACCGUGCAGGAUCGAAGCACCGACAACAAUUCCCAGGCAUUUUGGUUAGCCAACGCCAGCGAACUGCUUCACUUCUUAAAGCAGGAUCGGCACGUGGGUGCGUUCUCCAUACAGGCACAGGACAUUCUAGCCGACUCCGUACAGCUGGCUUUCAAGAAUCUCUUAGCAUGCUUCACAGACGAACUGAACGGAGUGAUGGCCGGUUUUAUGACUACAAUACCCGAGGAACAUCCAAACGGUAUCAUCAACGUGCUCAGCAACGCGAUGAACUUGUUACGUCGCUGUCGCGUGAACGCUGCGCUGACCAUACAAUUGUUUUCACAACUCUUCAAUCGCAUCGCUGCAAAAGCGCUCAGCAUAGUAAUUAACAAUCCACAUCUGUGUUGUCGAGCAUUCGGCAAGGUAUUGGGGCUUCGUCUGAGGAAUCUUCAAGUUUGGGCUGAAUCUCUAGGUUUAGAGUUAGCUGCCGAGUGUCAUCUAGCGAAAAUUAUCCAAUGCGUGCAAUUAUUACAAGGACCCAAGAGUACACCGGAGGAAUUGGCUAGCUUGCCAUCAACAUGUUUCAAAUUGAAUUCUCUCCAGUUGCGUGCAUUAUUGACACAAUAUAAAUGUGAACCGGGAGAAAUAAUUGCAUCGCCACAAAUGUUAGAACAAGCUGCACGUGCAUCUGAAGGUGUAGCGGAUGAGUUGGCACGAGCGGAAGGUAAAGAAGUGCGACUGCAUGAAGAUCCAUCUGCGCCGUUCCAGCUUUUGCUCCCCGAUGAUGGAUAUAGCUGCGAUGUGGUGCAAGGAGUACCCGCCGGUUUAGCCGAAUUUUUACUGCCGCUGCAGGCGUCGGGCUUGUGUCGCUUGGCAGCCCAGCCAACAAGUUCUGGCCAUUGGACCGUUUACAUGACAUCUAACAGACCAACCUCUGCAAUGAGUUCCUCUCAACCUGAGAUUCAAAUAAUAAAAUUGCACAAAACCGGUGGCGGAAUGGGUUUAUCUAUUGUGGCAGCUAAAGGUGCUGGUCAGGAAAGACUUGGGAUCUAUAUUAAGUCAGUGGUUCCUGGUGGUGCUGCUGAUCGCGAUGGGCGCUUAGCGGCUGGAGAUCAAUUGCUGUCUGUGGACGGCCAUUCUCUUUUGGGCAUUACACAAGAAAAGGCAGCUGAAUUUUUGGUGCGUACCGGAGGUAUCGUCGCCCUCGAAGUGGCUAAAGGCGGUGCUGUGUAUCACGGUCUCGCAACUUUAUUGCAACAACCGAGUCCGACGCCAAACAGAGGUUCUCGAAGGAUGUCUGAACGUGAUUUACCAUCAAAAGUUGACACCGAACGCACGAUUCUUUCGUCUAAGUCUGUUCCUGCUUUACACCACCUUUCCCCUGGAAUGGAGAACCGUCUGACUCAGCAACACGAUGUUUUCAAUCCGGGCUACAGCCGAACAUCUUCAAAUAACAGCAUUAAUACAACGACUAACACCGCAAAUAAUGGCAUUAGGAGCAGAUCAACACAUAAUUUGCAUAACCAUACAAAUAGCAGCAAUCAGCAGGAUUCAAGCUUUUAUCAAAACCUAAGUGUAUAUAGGAACAAGAUGCCCAUCAGUCCUAUGAGCCCAAUGAGUCCGCCUCAGUUAGGGGAUCGGACGUCGGCUCUGCGUAGUUCUCAAGUAUCUUUGCAAUCCAAUUUGAUACAUCAACAGAACCAACGACCAACGUCGGCUUGUUACACAAACAACACAGCUCCGCAUCCUGCAGCCGUUGUUCCAAAUCGCGCCCUUCAUCAGUCAAUACCAAACUUAAAACAUCAAGCGAUGCAGCAAUCGCAGCGCAUGCACGAUGCUAAUACGUCUGCAUCCUAUCCAAAUGUGAAUAAUCAUAAUCAAACGAUGUCGCCGACCUACAGCAAUCAAGAACAUCACGAACCCGACGCAGUUCGACAUAUGGCAUCCUAUGGUAACAUUCCCAAUUACAACAGUCCCUCCAUGUCCGUGCGCAGUCAGGAACCGAUGAGCCCAACCUCCAGUCUGAAGCAACCAAUCAAUGUCAAUAUUCAACAGCGACAGGAUGAAUACUCACACUAUACAGGCAGUGGUUUACUCAAGGAACGUGAUGAUUCCAAUAAUUACAAUAAUCAAAAUCACAUUCAGCGUAAAUUGCCGCUACAUCACAUGCAACAGCAGAUGCAAUACCAUCCGGAUGAAUAUUAUCGGAACGACGUUGGUCAUCAGGAUAUUGCGCGUUAUCCUAGCAGCGGCAACAUACGUAACAUGCACGACGCACAGCAUUGGGAGGACAAAAACAGUCUGCGGGGUCAGGCAAAAAUGGCUGAGAUGUCGGAGGAAGUACGACGUAGGCAUAUGAUGAACAAAUCGCAAUCAAGCCACGAAUUGCAACUUAUUCAAAACACCAAGAGCAUGCAGAAUCUGCAUCUAACGCACCAGCAAAGCGUGCCGCCAAUGAUCUACAACAAUUACAACAAUAAAUUCCCACCUGUUGCUCCCAAACCAUCAAAGAAGCAGGAAGAUCUAAUUCCGGAACCGCCUCCAACCAGUACGCAUCCUCUGUACAUGGCAAGUACUCAAGAUCCUCCCAAAAUGACCUAUUGUCCUAAUCCAGGCGUAUCGAAAACCGCUCGCGAUCCGUGGAUCCGAGAGGAACAAGAAAAACAGGAGCAACAGAGACGUGAACUUAGUCGCCAGUGGCAGGAACAACAAAUUAAAGAUUUAAGUCUAAUGGCGCAACGCACACAGCAUCAAGAAGAACAGUUGAGAGUGUUGCAAUUUGAGAGGGAAUUUCAACGCCGUGCUCAAGAAGCAGCCGAAUUGGAUGAAGAUGAUAAUACUGAAAAGGGAUCUCCUACCAUGCCGCCAGUGAAGGAUACUCCACUGUCGAUACUCAAAAGCGGCGUGUCAGUGCCAAAGGAGAAUGAUGUUAGCGUGCCGCCUCCACCGGAGCGCGGCGUCAGCUACACAAUCAUGUCGAUGAGAAGCAAAGAGGGACCAAAGCGAGUUUCAUUCAAUGACCCGUCCACUGCACCUCAAAUACCGGAAACUUUGCAAUUGGAGGAAAGACGGGAAGAUCCCAACGUCUUUAUUAAGCAAGCCGAGAUGAUGUUAGCGUCGCCAACGCAUUUGAACGACGGGUCACCCGGCGUGAAUACGGCAACCCCCGGUGUCAUCGGGGCGCAGGAAGUUUAUCGGGAUCCGCGUCAGCGACGUCUCGCGGAACAAGCACAGCAAAAGACGCAAACGCAGACACCUGUGCCAGAGAAACUCACGUUCAAAGAGAAAAUGAAGAUGUUUGCGAUGGAGACCGGCGAACAAGAAACACCGAAAGAUAAGAGUAAGAUAUCACGAGCGCAACGUGAGAUUGACAGCAUAGGUUCUCCUAAUCCCAGCCUGGUCCAUUAACCUUAAUUUAUUUUGAUAUAAAUAUAUUUUAAUUGAUGAUAAAUAAUUUUGAACUAACAGCAGUAGAAAUACGAUGCAACAGAAUACGAAAGAGAUCAGAAAAAUAUUAUAUUCUAAUGAAGUUACAAAUGAAUAUUAUUUACAUAUUAUAAAUAUUGUUAUUUUAUUUCAUAGUUCGAGCAAUCUUGAAGGUUUAAGUAACAAGAUGAAAAAUUUAUGACAAGAAAUAUGUAAUAUUUUAUAA